GUUCCUUCAUCAUGCGGCGCGUGUCACAACCCGACACGGUGUGGGACUGCUAGCCCAGGGCUGGCUCUGGUUUUGGCUGAGUCCUUGGGCUUGAAGACUCGUGGGCAUUGCUGAGAGUGAACCUUGGAGAGAAGAGCCUUUCUGAUGGUCCUGCUCUGCUGCAGCUGACCCUAUGAAAGGAGGGCUCACCGUAGCUGUGUCCUUCGCGCUCCAGCUGCACAGGAUGGGCUCGUUCCGGCGGCCUCGCCCGCGCUUCAUGAGCUCCCCUGUGCUCAGCGACCUGCCUCGCUUCCAGGCAGCCCGGCAGGCCAUGCAGCUCAGCUCCAACUCUGCCUGGAACAGCGUACAAACAGCAGUGAUAAAUGUGUUCAAAGGGGGAGGCUUGCAGAACAAUGAACUUUACACCCUCAAUGAAAAUAUCAGACGGCUGCUGAAGAGUGAACUCGGAUCCUUCAUCACAGAUUACUUCCAGAACCAGCUCCUUGCAAAAGGCUUGCUGUUUCUGGAGGAGAAGGUCAAGCUGUGUGAAGGUGAAGAUCGCAUUGAUGUCCUGUCUGAAAUCUGGGAUCAUUAUUUUACAGAGACUCUUCCUACACUCCAGGCAAUAUUCUACCCAGUCCAGGGUCAGGAGUUGACCAUCCGUCAGAUUGCUCUUCUUGGCUUCAGAGACUUGGUCUUGCUGAAAGUAAAGUUGGAAGAAAUUCUUCCCCUGGUCCAGACAAGGGUUCCAGCUUCCAUUGUCCAGAUGCUGUUAAUUCUGCAGAGUGUCCAUGAACCUACUGGCCCCACUGAGGGCUACCUACAGCUGGAAGAACUGGUCAAGCAAGUGGUAUCACCAUUCUUAGGUUUGUGUGAGGAUCACAGCUCCUCUGGUAGCACCUGCUUGCUUGAGAGGCGCUACUCCAGAUGCCGAGCCAAGGCGCUGACGCCGCUGACGGAGCAGGAGGGCGAGGCCUACCUGGAGAAGUGCGGCAGCAUCCGCCGGCACACGGUGGCCAACGCCCACUCGGACAUCCAGCUGCUGGCCAUGGCCUCCAUGAUGCACACGGCCAUGGUGGUGGAGGAAUCAGACACUGCUGACAAGUGCCUCCUGCUGCAGCCCAGCUGCUUCGGCCACAGGCAGUGCUCCAGCGAGCCCAGCAUCGCCGACGGCCCCGAGGCGGCGGCGGCCGGCAGGCAGGACCCUGCCCAGCUCAGCUGCACCUCUGUCAGCUAGGGGAGUCUGCCUGGGGAGUGCACAGCCCCUUGCACCAAGCUGGACAAAGGGCUGUGCCGUCCCUGCCCGGGAAAACAGAGAAAAACAGGAGCUUUGCUCACGUCAUUGAAACGGGCUCGAGGGUUCUUAUGGCUGAGCAUGCUCUCUGGAUGGGUUCUUAUGGCUGAGCAUGCUCUCUGGAUGGGUUCUUAUGGCUGAGAAUGCUCUCUGGAUGGGUUCUUCUGCCAGUCUGGGAUCGUUGUUGAUUUGGGCUGCUCCCAAAUGACCACUGAGGGCUGCAAAGGUUUUGCUGUUGAACAGCACAUUCUGCCUUCUGUAAGAUUUCUCCCUCUACUAGCAUCAACUUUUUGGCAUCAGGUUUCCUUCUUUUUCUUUGGUAUGAUACAAACUGAGUUCUUUCUGCUUUUUUCCAUCUUUCCCAGUCAUGCUGCUUCUUUGUUCUUUGUCCCUGCAGUGGAGGCCUCUGUGCUCAGUGUUCUCUUUGCUUCUGGUGCGAGCAUGGUGAAUGCUGAGCACUUCAUUUCUCUUCUAAAGUUGAACUCAGGUAUGAAAUCAUUUGCAUCCUGCAGAAAUAUCUGCUGAGGUGGACUGUGAGAGGAGAAGAUCCUUCACUUUGCUUCCCAUGGGCAUGGAUGAAAAGUCCAAAUCAGAAUUAAAUCAGACUUACUUUUCCCAGGCCCAGAGAGAACCAAGUGUAUGUGGAGUCUGAGCUGAGUACUUCAUAUGUAUUUUAUUUGGUUCCAGUCAUAUCUUGGGUGUUCUGGUGUAAAUUGGAUGCAAAAUAUACUGAGCAUCCUGGCAUUUGGCAUCAGUUUGCUCUUAGAAUUUCAGUGGUGAUAGGGCUGUGAUGAAAAUCAAAUGGGAGGGAGAUGCUGCACUUGUGUGGGAGAUGCAAAGGUCCUUCUCAGCACUGAGCCAUUGUGACUCCAGAUCAGGAGGUGAUGAUCAGGAUCUCAUCCUGGACCUCCCUGGUACUUUUAGCACUUGUGGAUUUCAUGAGACCGAGGAUAAUCAGCAGGGUGUGGAAAGAGUUCUGUCUCAGUGUAUUCAUGAAGUGCUCCUGACCUCCAGUGGUGUCUGACUCAGUGCAGUAUUGCUUUUAAGAUAAAGUGAGGGCUCUCUGCAGUCUUUGGGUGUGUUUUUGUUGUGAAGAUUAGGAGUGGGUUCAGUCUGCACGUGUCUGUGUCAGGCACUGCAGUCUGCAGUGUCUUCUUUGUAGCAUCACUUGGUACUCCAAUGCUGCUUCUGUGGGACAGAUCCAAUUUGUUUCAGCUGUCCCCAGGAUACUCUACUGAGGUCUUGCUAAGCAGAUUUGCAAGUGUAAUUACAGGCUUAGAGGUGAGCUGCAGUGCUGCCUUAAAUGUCAAAUCCCAUUAAAAAUACGGACACAGCACAACUACCACUUGAAUCUACUCCAAGUGGUACUGUAAAUAAGUGUGUCUUGACAAGAAAACAGAGGAUUAGGGUGAGCCUUCAGGAUGUUUUUUGUGUGCUAUGACGUUAACUGCAGAAUUUGCCAUGCUUCUGUUGGGCCUUAAACAUCUGCUCCACUGGCUGCACUGGAAGUACAGCUCUGACCUGCCAGGAUUUGGCAUUAGUAGCACGUGCAGCAAAAGGAGAGCAGGUUAUUAUUUGGCAACAAAGCACCAGAAAUACCAGCUAUGAGCACAAGCCGUGCUGCCUUGAUAAAUGAGGGUGUUGCUUUGUCUACUGUGGUUUGCAGUGUUGAGAGAGAUACUUGGAAGAGCCUCCUUUUCCCUCCUGUCACCAGAGCCCUUGGCCUUUGGGGAGAGCUGAGUGUUUGGGUCCCCAGCUGUGCUUUGCACAUCAGGAAAAGAGGCUCAGUUGUGCUGGCUGCCUCCUCUUCCUCAGAGCACCUCCAGUCCAUCAGAGGCCG